GCUGUUUUGGGUGUUGAAUUGUGAACAUUUUUCCUGGUUUUUUGUGGAUCCCCUUUUGAUAGUUGAUACUUUCCAGGUCCUACUUCAGUUGAACCAAAAGUUUCUCAAUUUUUUCUUCAUAGUUUGACAUUUGAUGUGGGCAUUGAAUUCAUGAAUAAAUAUCUUCUUUAACUUUUCCAUGAUUCGCAGAUCUAUCUUUGAGGAAAUUAACAAACACAGUGAACUGAUGGAUGUCUCGUCUGGGAAAUGGUUGACAGAACUGGGAAUGGAGGAUCCCACCUUCAUACAUCAAUACCAUAUGCUGCCUUUUGAUAACUCAUUCGAUGGGUUCAAUUUUGACUCUUUUUCUUCUGAGAGCAACUCGUCUUACCCAUCUUUCAGUCCCGAAACCACACCCAACUUUUGCGGUUCAACUUUUCAGAUGGGUGUAGAGAGGCAAGCUAAGCAGUUCAAGACCAAUAGUUGGAAAUCCUGCACCGCCAAACCCAUAACCUCCAGAGCAUCUUCGUCUUCCACCGUCCAACUAAUUUCUUUUGGGAACUCGAAUUUACCACCACCAACUGAUACCCAGAAGUUCCAUGGAUACCCAGACAACAAGGUGAAGCCUAAGGAUGAGGAUGGAUCUGACAGAAAUACGAAAUUUGCAUCUUUGAUUUCUGAGGGCUCAUAUGAGAACCAAAACUAUUCACCAAAAUCUGGCGACAGAACCAAGAGGGUUAGUUCAACUAGUAGGACUAACAAUCACGAUCAUGUAAUAGCAGAGAGAAAGCGCCGAGGAAAGCUCACCCAGCGGUUCAUAGCUCUUUCAGCCCUUGUUCCAGGCCUAAGAAAGAUGGACAAGAUUUCUGUCCUUGGAGAUGCUGCCAAGUAUUUGAAACAGCUUCAAGAACGUGUGCAGAAGCUCGAGGAACAGACGGCAACAAAAACCAUGGAAUCAGUGGUCUUUGUGAAGAAAUCUCAGCUCUGCGAUGAUGACCUCUCUUCAUCUGAUCAGAACUCUGAUAGCUGCUCCAACCAAACACUCUUAGAAAUUGAAGCAAGGGUCUCAAACAAGGAUGUACUCAUUAGAAUCCACUGCGAGAGACAAAAGGGAUUUACUGCAAAAAUACUUGAUGAAAUCGAGAAGCUCCAUCUAACAGUUGUCCAUAGCAGUAGCCUGCCAUUUGGGGAUUACAUUAUGGUUACUACUGUUGUUGCUCGGAUGGAAGACAAAUUUUGCAUGACCGUGAAGGACCUCGUCAGAAACCUCCGAUUGGCUUUUUCUACGCUUCAUGUGAACUGAAGAACCAGAUCAUUUUUUAAUUAGCAUUGCCGUCUAUUUUUUUCUUUUUUUCUUUUUGUCCUUUGGGUAUAACCUGUAGUUAAUGUUUCGUCUUCUCACCUCGUGACAGAAGUAAAUGCCUGUAAAAAAGAUAUCUUCACCUUACACCACCGGCGAUCACCAUGGCUCUCUGGCUGCUGAGGUUCAGUUUAGCGGUCGGGUUGUUUUUUGUGGUGUUUUUCCUGUUUGACCGGGUUCAAUUACCCCACGUGCUGCUAAAAAACUAAAAGAAAAAAAAAAGAGCAGCUUUUUUGGAGGGUAUCUUUGUUUGAGCGGUUUCACGCCUCAAUCGGCACCUCUUUCUUGCUUCUUUCCCGUUGUGUAAUACGAAUAUUCACGAGAAUUUGGCUCAAGUUGUACAUAGACUGUCUGCUACUCCAGAGCUUCUUAGAUUGGUUUAGGAGGAAUUUUAUCCUUGAAGCAUCCAAUUGUUUAAAAAACUUGAUCUUUUUUUGGGGAAUAAAAUAAUCAACCACGUUUAUCUUGUGA